AUGCGCCCUAAGGUGUCGGGGCCGGGUUCUGCCGGGACCCGGCUGGGACCCGGGGGUCCGGAGGCAGUAGCCGCAGCUCCUCCACCCGCAACCAGUCCGGCUCCGGAGCCCUCUGCAGUGCCUGAACCCGCCUCUGCGCAAGCACCCGCGACCGGACAGAGAGCAGGAUCCGGUUCCGCAGCCGUCUCGGGACUCCCAGCCGGGGCUCGCCGGGCCUCGUCCGUACCCGACAACUCGGAUGCGUCGCGGACUCGCUUCAUAUUCCAAGGGCCGCCCUUUGGUCCCCGAGCCAGUGGCCUGGGGACUGGCAAGGCGACGAGCAUCUUGCAGACACCGGCUGCCUACAUCGGCCAGCGGCCUGGGGUGUCCGGCCCCGAGCGCGCCGCCUUUAUUCGGAAGCUGGAGGAAGUACUGUGUCCUGACCUACGUCCGCCUGUCCAGAAGAUCACCCAAGAAGAGGUCAAAGUGAUGUUAAGUUUGCUGGAGGAGAGAGAGCGGGACCUGAACACGGCAGCCUGCAUUGGCCAGUCCCUGGUGAAACAAAACAGUGUUCUGUUGGAGGAGAACAGCAAGCUGGAAGCCAUGCUGGACUUGGCCAAGGAGGAGAUUUUACAUCUCAGACAGCAGGUGAGCCUGCGGGAUGACCUCCUUCAGCUGUACUCAGACUCUGAUGAGGAGGAGGAUGAAGAUGAAGGAGAGGAAGAGGAGGAGAGGGAUGAAGAAGAAGAGCAGAGGCCUGAGCAUCCCUGUGAAGCCUCAGAGCUGACUCCUGUGAUGGAGUCAGAGUCGCACCACUGCCCGCAGCAGGAGGCCCUGCAGGAGCAGCUGCGGCUACUGGAGGAGGAGAAUGAGCAGCUUCGAGAGGAGGUCUCUCAACUCGACGACCUUGAGGAGGAGGAGCAGAUAUUCAUCCUGGAUUGUGUGGAGCAGUUUUCGGAGGCCAGCCAGCAGAUGGCUGAGCUGUCGGAGGUGUUGGCGCUCAGGAUGGAGAACUAUGAACAGCAGCGGAAGGAGGUCGCCCAGCUGCGGGUCCAGGUCAUGAAGCUGCAGCGGCGCUGCUGCUGGUAUGGGGCUGAGACUGAGAAGUUGCAGAAGCAGCUGGCUUCGGAGAAAGAAAUUCAGAUGAAGCUCCAGGGUGAGAGCCUGUCGGCGGGUCCCCAGCUGCAGGACCUGCAGGAGAAGUACUCGGGGUUUGGGGACAUGCUGAUGGAAGCCCAGGAGGUGGCGAAGACCCUCCGCCAGCAGGCCCCGGCGUCCGCGGGCUCCGUCACCCACUGCACAUACACUGUGCCUCUAGAGGCACUUCCUGAUUUCCAGGAGACCCUGGUUGAGGAACUCAGAAUGUCUAUAAGGAGGAUUAUCUCAGACCCUGUGUUUUUUAUGGAAAGAUAUGAGCCAUGCUACAGAGAGGAGCGAGCACAGGAGCAGGGGCUCGAGGCUGGAGAGGGGCUGAUGCCGGCCGAGGAUUUUGUGCCUGCGGAAGAGCUGGUGCCCGAGGAGGAGGAGCUGGGGCCCACAGAAGAGGCAGCGCCAGCUGAGGAGGGGGUAAUAGAGGAGGCGGAGCUGGUGUCUGAAGAAGCUGAGGCCUGGGAGGACCUGGGGCUGGAGGUGGAUGAAGCGACUCAGAUGAACAUGGUAACCUCAGCCCUGGAGGCCAGUGGCUUGGGCCCCUCGCACCUGGACAUAAAGUAUGUCCUCCAGCAGCUGGCCAACUGGCAGGAUGCCCAUUUCAGGCAGCAGCUGAGGCAGAAGAUGAUCCAGAAAG